GUGAAUAGUGCGAAAUGUCAAAUGCCAUAUAUCAAUCCGUUUACAUCUGAAAUACUGGCAGCGAUGAAUAUAAAUGAGUUUGAGAAUUGUACUGACGACAAAGAUUUGAUCAGCAGUCAAUACGAUUUUGAUCUUCGGCGAUAUCGUCUCGAUAUACACGCAAAUUUGACCAAAGCCUAUCUAAAUAGCACCGGACAUAAGACCAUAACCUGCAGCUAUCGGGAAAUCAAACGGGAUACGAAAGCUAGAGUACCCGACAACACUUAUAUCGAAUCGAAAAAAUAUCACUUGGCGCCGCAUACGAUUGUGCCCAUCAAUACGGAGUUUAUGAUAACCAAGUGUUAUAUGCGAAAUCGAACGACUGUGUUGAGAAAAGUGCAAGAGGAUGCCUUCAGUUUUGUGCAGGACAAACUGACGCCUGAAAGGAUAAAGCGCUAUGCGAAGGAGAGGGAACGAAAGCCCAGUGUUCUUAUAAUGGGCCUGGAUUCCGUUUCUCGCAUUAAUUUUCGACGCACCAUGCCGAAUAUGUUUAAAUUCGUCAACGAGCAGGGCUGGCACGAAAUGCAGGGCUUCAACAAGGUGGGCGACAAUACUUUUCCCAACCUAUUGCCCGCACUCACGGGCUACUCAGAGGAGGGCUCCCUGGCCCUUUGUAAUGUGUCUGAGGUGAAUUGUCUGGAUCGCUUACCCUUCAUAUGGAAGAACUACAAGCGGGCCAAUUAUUUGACUGCCUAUGCCGAGGACUGCAGAGAUCUUUCCACAUUCAAUUAUCUGAAGCCGGGUUUUGUCCAACAACCCACCGAUUAUUAUUUGCGACACUUUCUUACGGCACUCGAGGAUAAGUUUAGUUUGAGGAAACGCUUUGGAAACGUCUAUUGUGUGGGCCGAGAUCUGAGCUUCAAUUAUGUCUUUGAUUUCGGUCUCCAGUUUGUGCAGAGAUUUAUCAACGAAACCCCUAUCUUUGGAUUUCUGUGGAGUAAUAGCUUUACGCACGAUUACUUUGAUGCGCCCACCGCUUUGGACGACCACUUCUUGGACUAUAUGAAGAAAUUUAAGGCCGCCGGACUAUUCGAAAGUUCGAUUGUUGUUCUAAUGAGCGAUCACGGCCAUCGCUAUAAUACACUGAGACGUGCUCGCUCCGGCUAUUUAGAGGAACGAUUGCCCAUGAUGUUUAUUUACGUUCCACCGUGGUUUCGAAAGAAAUAUCCGCAUUUGGUGGCCAAUUUAGCUGGGAAUCGAAAUCGUUUAUCCUCAAACUUUGACUUCUACAUGACUCUGCGGCAUUUGCUUCAACUCGACAGCAAGUCGAUGGCGGAGAUAAACCCCAAGCCGCCUCAGUGCUCUACCUGUCAGUCCCUCUUAUUCGAGGUGCCCUUCAAUCGCAGCUGCAGGGAAGCUGGCAUUGAGGAGCACUGGUGCAGCUGCCAGCCCUCGGAGACCAUAACUAAGGCUUCCUAUGCCCGACGCAUUGCUCUAGCCGUAGUCAGGGAUAUGAACAAGCAACUGCGAUUGCAGAAAUUGACAAACUUGUGUCACGAUUUCAUGCUGAAACAUUUGCACAAAUUGGACAGGAAGCAGAUAUUGGCCACCGACGAAGGACCUAGCAACGCAAAUGAAAGCUACUAUAUCGUUAACUUCAAGACGCGACCGAACUCGGCGCAUUUUGAGACGACAGUGAGGUAUAAUAACCUUACAGGGGCCAUACAAAUGAACAUCAAUGCGAUAAGUCGCCUGAACUCGUAUGCAAAGGAUGCCAAGUGCCUUGAACAGAAAGUAGCCAAGAAGUACUGUAUAUGCAAGGAUAGCGUGCGCAAAAAAAAACGGCAACACCUAAAUAGAACAUAUAGGGUAGACUGAGCAUCAGUGUUGCCAACUUUUUAGAAGGAAACAAGAAAGAAAUGCUAAAGUCGAGCAGGCUCAACUCUUAAAUACCCUAUACCACCCCACAACAAAAUAAAUUAUUUAAUAAUAAUUAAUAAAAACUAAUAAUAAACUAUUAGUUCCAGCUCUAGUAGUACUAGUUCAGUAUGUUAGUUAUGUGUUCUUCAAAAACGCUCAAUCUGUGCUAUUGCAUUUUUUAAGAAAGUGAAUUUAUUGGAUAAUAAUUAAUAAAAACUAAUAAUAAACUAUUACAAUAAUAUCUAAUAAACACUAAAUAAAAACUAAUAAUAAACAAUUGUUGCAGUAGCACUUGUACUAGUUCUAGUAGUAAUUUAUUACUAGUACUACUAUGCCACGAUUUACCAAUUACAAUCAUAGAACUGAAAGCAAACAUUUUCAAAAUUAAAGUAAUAAUAAAAACUUAUCAAUUAAUUAAAAUAGUAGUACUAGUUAGUAGUACUAGUUCUAGUUCAAAAUUUAAAGUAAUAAUAAAAGCGUAUUAAUUAAAAUAGUAGUACUAGUUCUAGUAAUACUAGUUGAGUACUAUUAUCAACUCUUAA